AUGCAAAACGCAAGUGAAAUAUUUCAGAGGCAAACAAUUAUAUCAACUACCAAAAAAUAUAUGAGUCUCGAGGAAAUACGUAUUGAUAUACCGAUAGUCGACAAUAAAGAAUUCAGAAUGGAUUUAAUCGCGCGCAUCGAAACUGUUACAUUAAAAAUAAUAAAGCAGAUAUCUGCUGGACAACUACCGUGUAUAUCGUUCUGCAGCAAUCGAAACUCUGCUACAGAAUCCAGUUUACUGAAAAAAAACGUUGGCGCAAUAUGCCAAUCCAAUCUUCAAUCUAAUGUAUUGCCGAAUGAUUGUUUGUUUGACUUUAUCGAUAAACAAAACGCAGAAAACAGGGAACAGAGAAAAGAAAAUAACUUUCAAAAUUUAAAAAAGAUGAUUGUCGAUUUUGCGAUGAAAAACAGCAGAAAUAAGUUUAUUCUAAUGAUGAUGAUAAUGUCCGAGGCCCAUCGUUUGUUGUUAACAAACACAACCAAGACGAAACGAUCAUUUUACUAUGAUUUGAAGAAUGAAAUAACCAAACGUUUGAUGCCUCAUCAAAGAUCUAUCGAUUGUGCAGUAAAUAGUGUUGCUAAUUUAUUAGAAUGCGCCCCAUGGGAUUUGAGAUUGUUAGCAACGCCUAAAGGAUUAGUGGCAGGAAAUAUGACGAUCACCCUACUCGACAAUCGAGUUAUCGAUUGUGCGAUAGUAGGUGGUGUGCAGAUCCCACAGAUUACUUUAAAUGUAACUUCAAUUUGCGUGAAAGCCAACUUUGUGUUAGUUAUUGAGAAAGAUGCGAUUUUUCAAAAAUUACUUGAAGAAGACUGCUCUCGUAUCUUAAAAUGUAUUCUAGUGACAGGAAAGGGCUAUCCAGAUUUAAAUACCAGAAUGUUGGUUAAUAUCCUAUCUGAAAAGAUGAGUCUACCGGUUUAUAUAAUCGUAGACGCGGAUCCUUUUGGCGUGGAUAUUAUGUUACUUUAUCGCUUUGGCUCGUCGAUACUUUGUAGACAAAAUGAAAGCUUGGCUUGCCCUAAUGCACGCUGGCUCGGAAUCCAUCCCUCGGAAUCAAUUAUUUUCGGAGUGAAGACAAUUUCGCUUACUAAGGUCGAUUUCGUGAAAUUGAAAUCCAUUGAAACCCGGACUUGCGUAAAUGAUACUAUAUUGAAGGAGUUGAAUAUAUUGCGAAAAGGCAAGGCAGAUAUAGAGGCAUUUUCCUUUACACAAAACUUUCUUACGACAACAUAUUUGCCUUACAAAAUAAAUAGCGAGAAAUAUAUAUAA